CGGAAAAGUGUCAUCGCGAAUAAAUGUGGGUUUGAUAAUAAAGAAUUGCGUUGGUGAACAAUAAUAAUACAAAUCCUAAAUGUAUCAGGCGGACUACUUGUAAAUACUGAUAUUGCGAAUAUUAGUGAUCCAAGCAGCAGGACGCUUUAGGAAGUACGACUAAAAUCAUGGCUUCAAUAUCGGAUGAUGGGAUGGUGCUGAGUGGCUACCACAAAAAGUUGAAGACCAUGAAGAAGAAGUUCUUUGUUUUGUACGAGGAAACCGGCAGUUCCUCGGCCCGUUUGGAGUACUACGAUACCGAAAAGAAGUUCCUGCAGAGGGCGGAGCCAAAGAGAGUUAUUUAUCUGAAGAAUUGCUUCAAUAUCAACCGGCGUUUGGAUACGAAGCACAGAUUUGUCAUUGUCCUAUCCUCCAGAGAUGGUGGAUUCGGGAUCGUCCUGGAGAGCGAAAAUGAUUUACGCAAGUGGCUGGAUAAACUACUAUUUCUGCAAAGGAAUAUAGCCAAUACCAAUGGAACCAUACAUUCAGCUUAUGACCAAGUUUGGCAAGUUGUUAUCCAAAAGAAGGGAAUUUCGGAGAAAGUGGGAAUCACUGGACCGUAUCACUGCUGCCUUACUUCAAAAUCCCUGACAUUCGUGUGCAUUGGACCGGAAAAGACUGCCAAUGGCGAUGAUCGAGUUUCCAGCAUUGAAAUUCUUUUGACAACGAUUAGGCGAUGUGGCCAUGCAUCGCCUCAGUGUAUUUUCUACAUGGAACUCGGCCGCCAAAGUGUCUUGGGAUCCGGAGAGUUGUGGAUGGAAACGGAUAAUGCAGCUAUUGCUACAAAUAUGCACAAUACGAUAUUAAGCGCUAUGUCAGCUAAAACAGAGUCAAACACGAAUUUAUCAAAUGUUUAUCAAGCCAGACCUGAUAUUAGCCACGAACCCAUGAGAAAGCGAUCAUCGUCUGCAAACGAAGCUUCAAAACCGAUUAACGUUAUACAAAACGUUCGCCAAAACUCUCUUGAAAUGCGGAAUUGCAGUUCACCGCAUAAUUAUACCUUUGGAAGAGAGAGGUGCGAUAGCUUACCAACCAGAAAUGGAACCCUAAGCGAGGGCAGUAAUCAAACAUACUUUAUAUCCAAUCAUGGGCUAAGAGCUAACACUAUAUCUGGUAUCCGUCCGCACCCAUCCAACAAGCACAGUAAUAGUCCAACAUUCACCAUGCCAUUAAGAUGCUCAGAGUCCGAAGAGUCGUCAAUUAGUAUCGAUGAAUCCGAUGAUAAUGGCAGUUUUAGCCACUAUCGAUUGAACACCCGGUCAUCGAAAACUGCUAUUCCUGAAGAAAACAUUGAUGAUUUUGCAAGUGCUGAAUUUAGCAAGGUCACCGAACAAAGUGAAAGUGACGAAAACUACAUACCGAUGACCCCAAUAAAUCCUCCCAUAUUUGGUGAUGUUAUCCAUGAAAAAGAGAAGCUUGAGAUGCAAUCCUCAGAGGACGGAAACCUGCAUUUCGACUUUCCGGAGCACACAUCCGAGAAGCUGGCCAAGGAUUUUGAUCUUGAUUCGGAUAAUCAAUGUGGACGUCCUAUUCGGGCUUACUCGAUAGGAAACAAAGUCGAGCAUUUAAAGCUAAAUAAGCGCCUUGGAUAUUUAAAUGACACCGGACAGAAUCCCAAUCGCGUACGAGCCUACUCGGUUGGUUCCAAGUCAAAGAUACCGCGGUGCGACUUGCAACGCGUUGUCCUCGUCGAGGAUAAUAAACAUGAGUUCGGAACGAAUAGAAGUCACAGUAGCAUUACAAAGGACGGUCCCAGCUAUGGUGCGGGUGCCAACAGGGAAAAGAAGUCCACAAGUGCUCCACUCCUGAGUCUGAAGAACCAGAUAAACCCCGACCGAAUGAGUGACUUAAUGGAAAUUGAUUUUUCGCAAGCAACCAAUUUGGAGAAACAGAAGUUAAUCAAGAACAAUGAAGUUCCCAAAUAUAUUGAAAACGAGUUUAGCACUUCAACCUUGCACGCUACAAGUCAGAAAGACAUUUUCAACGGAACCAAAAAUACUACCACUACCACGAGCAGCGCCACAGAGGAUGGCUACCUAGAGAUGAAACCAGUGGGUAAUUCAUAUACUCCCAGUACAAUUUGCCUUCCGAGUAAAAUAGAGAAGCUCAAGCUAUCGGACUACAAUGUAAUACCGAAGGAUGCUAACAAAAUCAGCACAUAUAAUAUUGUCACUGACAAGUGGAGAGAGCCAUCGAAAAGCGAAGAAAAGAAGUCGAACUCCGCGUUAAAUGAAAAACCUAUUAGUCUAGAACCGACAAUUGUAGAAAGUAAUAGCCCUGAUGUAUAUUCACAAAACAACAUUGACCAUCAAACAUUGCCCGUGCAAAGCGAUAAGCUAAUUAACGAAGAAAAAAUAAUUGAGAACAACAAUUUGGAUAUGGGCAGUCACGAGGAAAAGAAAUUGGUUCAUUCAAUAAGUAGUGAGGAUUAUACGCAAAUCAAGGACAAAUCGAAUGAUUUUACAACAUCCGAAGUGGGCUACAAAAUUCUUCAAAUAAAAAGUGACAGUUCACUUAUCUCAUCGAAGCUUUACCAAAAAGGUAUCGCCAAAGAUAAUUCAGAACGAUGGCACAGACUUACGGAUAGUAAAAUCGCCGAUAAUACGGACUUCAAAUUAAAUAUAGUUGCGAAACCAACUGAUUCGAAAAGCCCCGAUUCAAGCAAACAACCGAACAUUCUUCAGAUCAAAGAUUUUAAUUUCCCCUCAAGGUCUUCUUCUCGCAUAUCCCAGACGGAGCUUCACUACGCAACCCUAGAUCUUCCCCACUGUAGCGGCCAAAACCCAGCAUUAUACCUGAAGAGAGGGUCGCGCGAAUCACCGCCAGUGUCCGCAUGCCCGGAAGUCGGAAACUCUUAUGCGAAAAUUGACUUUGAUCAAUCAGAUUCAUCUUCCUCCUCAUCAAACAUAUUUAAUACGUAAAGUUUUAAAAUUUAAAACAAUAUGUAUAUGAUUUGAUUAAUAUUGUACAUUUAUUGUAAAUAUUCUCUGACAAGCAAAGCUUACAAUUUUGGAUGCUAAUAAAUAAAUUUUAUUUAAAUUAUAA